CAUUCACUCAUCAGCACCAUCACAUCACUCAUUAUCACAUAAUCCCACAAUCUAAUCCAACGACAUCAUCCUUAUCAACGCCCAGCAUGGUCCGCCUUCUCACAAUAGUUGCCAUGCUCUUUGCUGGCGCAAGCAGCGUUGCUGCUUCAUAUUGCCAGUGCCUUUACCCAGACGGCAGCCACUGCUGCGUCAUUAACAACGAAGCCAAUGAUUGUAAGAGAAUGUGCAUGAGAGCGUCCGGGGACCAUACGACCGCCGGAGAGUGUAGGGCCAACGGGAAAUUCUCCAAUGUCAGCGGGUGGAACGCCCUGCACCGCACGCAGUGCGAGCCACCCUUCAUCUACUAAAUUCCGUAACUUACUUGCGCCAUCGACAAAGCUCCUGCGAGGGCAUUUUCUAUGUAUAGUUCCAUCGGAAGAAGAUGUUCAGUAGACUCUUUCCAGUCAUCAGGGGGAUGUCGACGAUUGUUUCAGUCGGGAGAAAGAAUGCGAUGUGGUAUUGUUAGACAGUUUGUAGUUGGUUGAUUAAGCAUCGGGGGCUUGUUCAGAGCAUACUAAUGGCCCGUCUAAGAUUGUGCGAUUCACGCUAUUACUUAGCCUCUUGGAAGCUACUUAGUAGAAGUAGUGCUCGCUGCGUGACAUGAGUAUGCUGUAGUGUACUUGUAUCUGAUCAGAUUAAACUGCGGAUAUAUAUUGGGAUUUCUUUUCGGAGCAGAUAGAUUACCUUCUUCAGUUAAUACAA